UAUAUAUCCAAGCACCUCAUCCUCGUAACAAAAUAUAAAACAUAAAAAGUAACUGAUACCAUUUUAUUAAUUAGCAGAAACUUUUCCUUUUUAUUUUUCUGGCGAUCAUCCAGCUGCUUGGAACAAUAUGUUGAGUCGGUGCAUGCACCUUUUAUUAGUAGUGCUGAGUGGGUUUGGUUGCAUACUAUGCCGUAUGCAGUUGCAUCGAGAUGAAGAAUUGACAUUAAUCCAAAUUCAGAGCACACUUGGUGCUCAAGGUUUCCAGUUGAGCUUAGACUGUCCAUCAUCAGUGACCGUCCUUAAGAAAAAGGGUCAACCUGAAGAUGAAAUGGAGGAAAGUGGCGUUAGAUGUGACUGCCCGAACGAUUUCAGCAACAGCUGUCAUAUUACCGACUUUGUUCUCAAAAGUUUCAGUCUUCCUGGCAGUCUUCCACCAGAAUUGGCCAACCUGAAAUAUCUGGAGAAAAUUGAUCUGACUCGCAACUAUCUUCAGGGCAAAAUUCCUGAGGAAUGGGCUUCACUGCAAAAUUUGAAAUACCUCUCACUCACUGCCAAUCGCUUGUCGGGAAAUAUACCUAAAUACUUGGAGAGAUUUACGAGUCUCACCUACUUGAGCCUUGAGGCCAAUCAGUUUUCUGGUACUAUUCCUCCAGAACUUGGAAAUUUAGUCAGCCUAAACGACCUGAUGCUUUCCUCUAAUCAGCUGGAAGGGAACUUGCCAGAGAAACUUGCACAAUUGAAAAAUUUAACAAAUUUUCGUGUAAGUGACAAUAACCUUAGUGGCACCAUACCCACUUUCAUUCAGAACUGGAAUCAGCUUGGAAGGCUUGAAUUGCAAGCAAGUGGACUGGAAGGACCUGUACCUCCUGGAAUUUUUCACUUGCAAAAUUUAACUGAUCUGAGAAUUAGUGAUGUAUCCGGGCCAGAGUUUCAAUUUCCUAAUGUGUCCAAGAAGUUGAAAUACUUGGUUUUGAGAAACAUAAAUUUAUUUGGGAAGAUCCCAGAAAUUACGUGGAAAUUGGAGAAACUGAGACUGCUUGACGUGACUUUUAACAAGUUGCAGGGGGGAAUUCCUUUUGAUGCCAAGCUACCAAACUAUACCUUUUUGACUCACAACAUGCUGACUGGGAAUGUACCUGACAACAUCAGUCAAAACAAAACUGUUGACCUUUCUUAUAAUAACUUGUCAUGGCCAUCAAACUGUCAAGAAAAAAUAAAUAUAAACACAUACCGAAGUUCAUCUUUCAAGAAAAACUUAAGUGGACUGCUUCCAUGCUUCAAUUUGUCAGUGUGUAAAAAAUAUUAUAGUUCAUUCCAUAUUAAUUGUGGGGGACCAGAUAAAGUUGUUAAAAAUGGCUAUGGGAAACUCUCAUACGAAGGUGACCAAGGUAUUCAAGGCGGGGCAGCAAGGAAUUACAUAAAAGAAACAAACUGGGGAUUUAGUAGCACAGGAGAUUACAUGGAUGAUAGUGAUUAUUACAAUAAUAAGUACACAUUAUCCUCUGAUUCUAAUCUCUCAGAGAUAUAUUUAACAGCCCGCAAAGCGCCCCUCUCUCUUACUUACUACGGAUAUUGUCUGGAAAAUGGGAAUUACACUGUUAAACUCCACUUUGCUGAGAUACAAUUCACGGACGAGAAAGCUUAUAACAGAGCUGCAAGGCGGAUAUUUGAUAUAUACGUUCAAGGGAAGCUAAUCUGGAAGGAUUUCAACAUUGUGAAGGAAGCCAAUGGGUCUAACAGAUACAUCACGAGAGUGUGUAAUGCAAGUGUGGUGGAUAAUACCGUGGAGAUUCGUUUAUACUGGGCUGGGAAAGGGACUACAAUCAUCCCACGCAGAGGAAAUUAUGGUCCUAUUAUUUCUGCUAUCUCUGUAUGCUUUGGUCUCAGAGAUCAUUGUGAAGAGCCUGAAGAAAGUAAAAGGCCUAUUAUUAUCGCAGUUGCUACUUCGGUAUCAUUGCUUGUUUUUUUAGUAAUAUGUGCCCUUUGUUGGAAAUUCUGCUUUCAGAAAAAAUACAAAAGAGACAAAGAUCUUAGGGGGGUGGACCUGCAAACUGGUUCCUUCACUUUGAGACAGCUAAGAGCUGCGACUAACAAUUUUGAUUGUACUAGAAAGAUUGGAGAAGGUGGUUUUGGGUCCGUAUACAAGGGUGAAUUAUCAGAUGGUACUGUCAUAGCUGUGAAGCAGCUAUCUUCUAAAUCCAGGCAAGGAAACCGUGAAUUUGUGAAUGAAAUAGGCAUGAUAUCAGGUUUACAACAUCCAAAUCUUGUGAAGCUGUAUGGAUGCUGUACCGAAGGAAAUCAGCUGCUCCUGGUAUACGAGUAUAUGGAAAACAAUAGCCUUGCACGUGCACUCUUUGCUACAGGUUCAGAAACAAGGGUUCUGAAGCUGGAUUGGGCUACAAGACAGAAGAUUUGUGUUGGAAUAGCGAGAGGUCUAGCAUUUCUUCAUGAGGAAUCGACGCUCAGGAUUGUCCACAGAGACAUCAAAGGUACAAAUGUUCUGCUUGACAAGGAUCUGAAUGCCAAGAUAUCGGAUUUUGGACUAGCUAAGCUGAGUGAAGAGGAAAAUACUCACAUUAGCACUCGCAUUGCUGGAACUGUAGGAUAUAUGGCUCCAGAAUAUGCACUCUGGGGUUAUCUAACGGAGAAAGCAGAUGUUUACAGCUUUGGAGUUGUUGCUCUGGAAAUUGUAAGUGGAAGGAGCAAUGCAAGUUACAGGCCAAAAGAUGAAGGCAUUUGUCUUCUUGAAUGGGCUUUUAUUCUGCGACAGAAAGGACAUCUAACAGACAUAGUGGACCCAAGAUUGGAGUCUGAAUUCAACAAGGAAGAGGCUGAAAGGAUGAUUAGAAUGGCAUUGUUAUGCACCAAUGAGUCCCCAACGUUAAGGCCUACAAUGUCAGCAGUGGUAAGUAUGCUUGAAGGAGAAACUAGUGUCGAGGAAGUGAUCUCAGAUCCUAGCAUUUAUGUUGAUGAUAUGCGAUAUAAACCCCCAAAGGACCAUUACCAGCAGACGCAGCGUAAGAGUUCAAGUGGAAGUCAGAGACUAAAUUUUUCAUCAGAUAACACAGGAGUGGGAUCUUCCUCUGUAUCUACUACAUCUGCCCAUCAUGAUCUCUACCCGCUCAAUCAUCAGUCCAUAGAAUUAAACUUCAGUGAAAUCUCAUCCCUUUCACAAUAGUGUCAUUGUAACACCCCAAAUUUUUAUAUAUUUAAUAAAUGAGUUAUUUUUCCAUA